AUGUCAGGAUAUAUAUUUAUGAUGUUUGAUAAAGUGGUCAGUUGUAAUGUGGUCAGUGGAGAUAUUAAUGGCAAUUUAGGGUGCAAAUAUCAUAUUUGUAGAAGUAGAACAAGUAGUAGUCACCUCAUCUAUCUAUCUAUCUAUCAAACAAGUCAAGUCAGGCUGACACUCGAUCAAACAACUAAAACCACUACUACUUUCAAAAAAGAUAAUAUAUGUUAUACAAUAAUAAAAGAAAGAUGUCAAAAUUAUUGUACUCGUAAUUUUUGUUCAGCAACUACAACUACAACAACAACAACAACAACAACAAUACCAAAUAAUUUAUCAACAAUAAAUUGGUCUUCUUUGUCAUCAUCACCAUCAUUAGAAACAAAUUUAAAAUCAUAUAAUAAUAGUAAUAAUAAUAGUAAAAAAGAAAAAGAUGUAGAAAUUGAAGAUGAAGGUGAAAAUGAUUUGAUAACACAAUGUAUAGAUAUAAAGUGUUCAUUGAAUUUCAAGGUACCUGCUAAACUAAGAGGAAAAGAAGGUCAUUGUCCUCAAUGUUCUACAAAACAACUAUUUAAAAAGCAUACAAGUAACUAUCAAAGAUUGCUUAGAAAGAAACGUGAUAAAUACUUAGAGGAACAAGAGAUAAAUGAUAAAUUAAACUUUCAAAUCGAUUUAGAAAAGAAUAUUCCAUGGGGAAUAAGUGUAUUGUUAGACGAUUGUAGGAGUUCAGAGAAUGUUGGAAGUUUCUAUAGGACUUGCGAUGGAAGUGGACUCUCGAGAUUGUAUCUAUGUGGUAUCACUGCUACUCCUGCCAAUCUAAAGGUUGCCAAGACUGCUCUUGGUGCAGAGUUUGAUGUUCCUUGGAGUUACUCACCGAGUGCAUUGCACUGUGUGAAAGAGUUGAAGAGAAAGGGUGUUGUUAUCAUAGGUAUCGAGCAGACACCACGCAGUCAACCAUUACUUGAGAGCAUCGAUAAACUGGCAAGUGAAAUUGAAAUUGUCGAUAGUCAACGACAACAACAACAACAACAAACUAGAUAUCCUCCUAUAUGUCUGUUGUUUGGCAAUGAAGUAGCUGGUCUGAGUCAAGAGGUAAUCGACCAAUGCGAUUAUAUAUACGAUCUUGAAAUGCGAGGAAAGAAAAGAAGUCUGAAUGUUGCCGUAUCAUUUGGUAUCGUUGCCUAUGUUGUAACUCAACGUUUCAAAUCAUUAUUAAGAAUCAACAAAUAA